ACCCGACAAGAAGGAAAUAGAAGCCCAGUAAGAAUUAGGAGAGGGUAGGGUUACCUGCCGAAGAACAGCCUCAGUAUUCAUUGUGCUCACUCUUUAGAAAUCUCUUCUUCUCUGUUCAGAGAAGAGCGCUCCGAACUUGUAAACAGACAGAAAAGGGUAUUGGGUAUUUCACAGAAAUGCUCAUUCAUUGCUUGCUUUGUCAGAAACAGUAUCGCGGAAUCUUCAACACCCACAAAAGAUUUUUCUCUAUCACCACUCUUCUAAACCGUGCCCCUAAAUAUGGCCUCGAGGCCUCUCAAAAUCCACCCCAACAACCCCUUUCAUCAACACCACUACCGGAUUUGUUCUUGGUGGAGAAAAUUCUAUUGAAUUUAAAGCAAGGUAAUGUAAAUUCUUUGCUCAACUAUCAUUUCCGCUUAAACCCAUUGGUCAUAGUUGAGGUGUUAAAGCGUUGCCGUGAUAAUUUACAACUUGCUCUAAGAUUUAUUGAUCAUGCUGUGUUACGUGGUAAGAAUGUUAAGCACUCAUCCAUGUCAUUGAGUGCAAUGAUUCAUGUUUUGGUACUGAGUAGAAGAUUAUCUGAUGCACAAGCUUUGAUUCUUAGGAUGAUUAGGAGAAGUGGAGCUUCGAGGGUUGGGAUUGUUGAAUCCUUGAUAUCAAUGAGUAGUACUUGUCAAUUAGAUAAUUUCGUGUUUGAUUUGCUAAUUAGGACUUAUGUGCAAGCUAGGAAGUUAAGGGAAGGGACUGAUGCGUUUACAAUUUUGACUAGCAAAGGGUUUUUGGUGUCUAUAAAUGCUUGUAAUAGUCUUCUUGGAGGACUAGUGAAAAUGGGUUGGGUUGAUUUGGCAUGGGAAGUGUAUGGUGAAAUUGUUAGAAGUGGGAUUGAAUUGAAUGUUUACACACAAAAUAUUAUGGUCAAUGCGUUGUGUAAAGAUUACAAAAUUGAUGAUGUUAAGAAAUUUUUAUUCGAUAUGGAGCAGAAAGGAAUUUUUGCAGAUAUUGUAACAUAUAAUACUCUUAUCAAUGCAUAUUGUCGCGAAGGACGUUUAGAUGAAGCUUUUGGGGUAAUGAACUCAAUGUUAAAUAAGGGGUUGAAACCGGGUCUCUUUACAUAUAAUGCUAUUAUCAAUGGUUUAUGUAAAAAGGGAAGCUUUGCUAGAGCAAAGGGAGUUUUGGAUGAGAUGUUGAGCAUCGGAUUGAGUCCUGAUACUACCACUUAUAACACAUUGCUUGUUGAAAGUUGUAGAAAAGACAAUUUUUCAGAAGCUGAAAAAAUAUUUGGUGAAAUGUUGCAUAGAGGCAUUGUUGCUGAUUUGGUUAGCUUCAGUUCGCUCAUUAGGGUGUUUUCAAAAAAUGGACAUCUUGAUCGGGCAUUGGUUUACUUUAGAGAUAUGAAGAAAUCUGGCUUGGUUCCAGAUAAUGUGAUUUACACUGUUCUUAUAGAUGGUUAUUGUAGAAAUGGAAUGAUAUUGGAGGCUUUGACAAUACGGGAUGAAAUGCUUGAGCAGGGCUGUGUUUUGGAUGUGGUUACAUAUAAUACAAUAUUAAACGGGUUGUGCAAAGAGAAGGUGCUCAUGGAUGCAAAUGCACUGUUUGAUGAGAUGCUCGAAAGGGGCGUGUUUCCUGAUUUUUACACUUUCACCACUCUGAUUCAUGGACAUUGCAAGGAUGGAAAUAUGAAUAAAGCACUAAGCUUAUUUGGAGCAAUGAAUCAGAGGAAUAUCAAACCAGACAUUGUUACAUACAAUACUUUAAUUGAUGGAUUUUGCAAGGUAGGUGAAAUGGAGAAAGCUAAUCAGUUGUGGUUUGAUAUGAUUUCUAGGAAGAUAUUUCCCAAUCACAUUUCAUAUGGCAUUUUAAUAAAUGGGUAUUGUAAUCUGGGCUUUGUAUCUGAGGCCUUCAGACUGUGGGAUGAGAUGAUUGAGAAAGGCAUCAAGCCUACUCUUAUCACUUGCAAUACUGUUGUAAAGGGCUAUUGCCGGUCAGGUGAUGCAUCUAAGGCAGAUGAAUUCUUGUGCAAGAUGAUUUCGAAAGGAGUUCUUCCUGAUAGCAUCACAUAUAACACCCUCAUUAAUGGAUUUGUAAAAGAAGAAAAUAUGGACAAAGCUUUCUUUCUAGUCAAUAAGAUGGAAAAAGAUGGGCUUUUGCCAGAUGUCAUUACGUAUAAUGUAAUUCUGAAUGGGUUCUGUAGGCUAGGUAAAAUGCAGGAGGCUGAACUGAUCUUACGGAAAAUGAUUGAGAAAGGAAUAAAUCCUGAUAGAUCCACUUAUAUAGCUUUGAUAAAUGGGCAUGUCUCCCAUGACAAUUUGAAGGAGGCAUUUCGAUUUCAUGAUGAAAUGCUGCAAAGGGGCUUUGUACCAGAUGAUAAAUUUUAACUUUAUCUGCAUACCACAUUCUGUCAUUGUUGAUAGAACGUGUGUUGAGGUUCAUGAUGAAAUGAUGCAAAGGAGAUUUUGCCAGAUGAUGAAUCCUAAUUGUUUUGCUACUGUAGCCUAAAGAUCUGUGAAAUCCUUUUCUCUCAUGCCAGGAGCCCAAGAAGGCUUGAUUGUGUUAUUAUGUGAAGUUCCUUGUUUCCUUGUUGAUCACGUUGAAGGAAGUCACUCUGUGGAGCAACCUAUGCACAAAGUGGAAGCUGACUGGUUAAGUGCUUCUGUUGCUGUAAUGGUAAACAUCUGAAGCCUGAAGAAUGGUGAAUUCGUUAAAACUAAGCUGAUUUUUUUCUUUUCCAUUUCCACAGAACUAUUUAAAAAAGAGUCUUGCGUUUAUGUUUAUGGUAAUUGCCAUCCCUGAUUAAAGCUUUAAAAUUUAGAAAAGCUUUCGAGGGAUCUGCAAUAUGGACUUACCUCCCCCUAUAUUUGUAAGCAAGAAAAUGUUCCUGUAUUGGGAUACAUUACACAGACGUACAAAGUUAAAUAUUUUUCACUUCUCACAGUUCACUUAUUUUUUUGUUCUCUUGUUGAUAUGAACCAUGAAAUCAUUCUUGAAGAUUUUGAAAAGCUCUACAGCUUUUUUCAUCAUUAGGCAAACUAUUUUGUUUUCUCAAUCACUAUGCAGUAACUAUGGAUCUUUAGUAACCCAGUUUGUUUUCCAAGCAAAAGCUUUUGGAUCAUGUUCUCUUCUCACAAUAUAUAUCUUGCUUAAUAUUGUGUUCUUUAGGGUAACUGAGAAAGCUCAGAGUGGCUAAAGAAAGCCAGAUUCAAGCUCCAAGCUUUUUGUUGAAAGCCCUCUUGAUAGGUUGAAUGCUAUACCGGUUGAAGGAGAAUAGGUUGAAGAACAAAUCUACUGAUGUUGAAGAGUAGAUCGAGGAACCAUUGUUGAAUGGAGGAACGGGGGCGACAGCAGCAGACUCAAAACAGAUGUAGUGGCGGAGAUAAUUAAAGGAGGAAGAGGAAGCUAGCUAUUAGCGAAGAUCACACGUAGAAGGUGAAAUAUUGCCUGAAUGAUAUAAAGGGAAUGUAAGAAUUUAAAAGGAAUAAGGU